AUGUCAAAUUCUAGAACUUUAAAUAAUAAAACAUUUUUAGUUGAUAAUAGAGAGCCUGUUUAUAAUAGGAAUCCGAAUGGUCAUGGCAAUGCUAGAAUGAAUGGAGUUGUGGAUGCUAAAAAGAAUGGGGGAUAUUCUUCACAUUUUAUUAAUACAGAUGACAAUUAUAAUUAUUCAUCAGGCCAAGUGAAUAAUUUUAAACAACCACAAUAUCAUUUGAAUAGGAACCUUUUAAGAUCAGACAAGUCUAAAAAAGGAAGGUCUAUUUUGAAUAACAAUAAUGGUGGUUGGAAUUCCAAUAGACCUGAUAAUCAAUCUAAUAUUAGUAAUGUUAAUAAUCGUAAAAUUAAUGAUACCAAUUUGAGAAAUCCAAAACAAAAUUUAACAUUUGGCCAGAAUAGAAACUUGAAAUAUACUAUAAUUAAUAGUGAAAGGGAUUUGUUAAAAGUUGAUAAUAAUGAACUGAUGAGGAAAACCGGGGCUAUUAAGAAUCGUUACUUUUCAUCUAUAACAAAUCUGAACGAUUUUAGAGGUGAAGAUGGAAAAUUAAAGCCAUUGAUUAAUACUUUACCAAAAAAUGUACAAUUGAAUAGAAAGAAAAAUUAUAAACUAAAUAAGCCAGUGAUGCAAGAAAAAACCUCUUAUAAAGUUGUUGUUGAAUUGAUUGAUCAGGUUUAUAACAAGUAUUAUAAUAAAUUACAACCAUACCGUUCAAUUUCGGAUGACAAUAUUGAUCUAGGUUCUAUCGAAAACGCAAUUGAGAAAUUGUGUGAAAGACUAGAGAAUUCUACUGCAACAAAUAAAAGAACGCCAAAUAAUGUGCAUGAUAUAGCAAAAAUAUCCAAUUCCAGAACAUUACUGACCUCUACUAUAGGUAACGACAGUUUUGAAUUGAGUUUUGACGGCAAAGCGCUAGAUCGUAGCGAUAUCUUACGUAUGGUUGAUUCUUUCAGUGUAGCAUUUUCUGAUGAUGAUGAUGAAAAUGACAAUGGUGAAUUCAUUGCUUCAUUAUCGAACAAAUUUCUGCCAGCGGAGAUUACGAGUAGCGCUUUAUGA